UGUUCCUCUCCGUUCAUUUGCAAUGCAACAAAAGCAUAGGAAAAUAGUAGUUUCUCUCCUUCACGCUUGCACCAUGAACAUCAAUGCAUGAGAAACAAUGCCAAUAUCCAACAAUUUGAGUCCUCCAUGUUUCUUCAUGUUCAAUUUCGAUACGAAAUUCACACUCUAAACAAACUCUCAUCAUCAUCAUCAUUGUCAUCAUCAUCACCUUCUUUGUGGGACUAUUUCAUUCAAAGCGGUCACAUUCUUCACAUUUUUUCAAUUUGUUGAUUUGCUCAGAAUAGAAUAUGGGCGGAGGAGGAGGCGGGGAUGCCCGGCAGCUAGAUCUGACGCCUACAUGGGCCGUGGCUGCAGUUUGUGCCGUCAUCGUUGUCAUUUCUAUAAUACUAGAGAAAGUUAUACAUAAAUUCGCAAAGAUGUUUGAAGAAAAGAAAAAACAUGCUUUGCUAGAAGCUCUUGAAAAGAUUAAAGCCGAGCUUAUGGUUUUGGGAUUUAUUUCCUUACUCUUAACAUUUGGCCAAAACUACAUUUCUAAAAUGUGUAUUCCUGAGAAAUAUUCAAAGACAAUGCUCCCAUGUCUUCCCCAUGAUCAGCGUGAAGGUGGUGGCGGACAUGCAACCGAUGAAGCCGUGCAUGGACCUCCGGCCGCUUCACAUGAGGAGGGAGAGGCUCAUGAAGGCGAACACCAUCGCCGCCUUUUAUCAUAUGAACGUAGGUUCCUUUCUGCAGAUAGUCCAGGCCCUGGCUGCAAAGAGGGGUACACACCUCUUAUAUCUGUGAGCGGGUUGCAUCAGUUGCACAUUUUCAUAUUCUUCUUGGCUGUCUUCCAUGUGAUAUACAGUGCCAUUACCAUGACGCUUGGAAGAGCAAAGAUUAAAAUGUGGAAGGAAUGGGAACGGGACCAUGUUGUUGAUCAAGAUGCCUUGAACGAUCCUAGAAGAUUCAGGCUUACUCAUGAGACAUCAUUUGUGAGGGAUCACAACAGUUUCUGGACUAAAACACCGGUUUCCUUCUAUUUUGUAUGCUUCUUUCGGCAAUUUGUCAGAUCUGUCCGAAGGGCUGACUACUUGACAAUGAGACAUGGAUUUGUGGCUGUCCAUUUAGCACCUGGAAGUAAAUUUGAUUUUCAAAAAUAUAUCAAGAGGUCAUUAGAAGAUGACUUUAAGGUAGUUGUAGGAAUCAGUCCAAUACUUUGGGCAUCAGUGGUGUUAUUCUUGCUUGUAAAUGUCCAUGGUUGGCAUGCUUCAUUUUUGGUGUCCUUUAUUCCACUAGCAGUGAUUCUAGCUGUUGGAACAAAGCUUCAAGCAAUUAUAACCCGAAUGGCACUGGACAUCCAAGAAAGACAUGCUGUAGUGCAGGGUAUCCCACUAGUUCAAGUCUCUGACAAGUAUUUUUGGUUUGAAUGGCCUCAGUUAUGCCUUUAUCUCAUCCAUUAUGUCCUCUUUCAGAAUGCAUUUGAGUUGACAUAUUUCUGGUGGACAUGGUAUGAAUUUGGCUGGGCAUCUUGCUUUUACGAGGAUGAUAGUCUUAUGAUUGUCAGAGUUGCUCUUGGGUUAGGAGCUCAAUUUGUUUGCAGCUAUGUCACACUUCCUCUAUAUGCGCUCGUUACUCAGAUGGGAUCAACAAUGAAGAAGUCAAUUUUCGAUGAUCAAACAUCAAAGGCACUGAAGCAGUGGCACAAGAAAGCUCUUCAGAAGAAACCAUCAAAGGGACGACCUGAAACUCGAACAUUAGGUGGCAGCCCCGGGGAUUCACCGCAGCAUUCACCACGCCUAAGCGAGAACUUGGUGUCUGAGCAGACCCCCACCAUAGUGACCACCGUGGAUCAAGAACAACAUUACAAUAACCGUGACCUUCUAAGUGGACUGUGACACUUGAACAUACAUAAACACUACUUGACAAAUUAAUAUUGAGAAGAACAAUGUUCAACUCUACUUAUCAAGUCUAGUCUAGAUUAUAGAAUGAAUUCGCAGGGGAGGGCAUAAUUGUUUUCUUGCAUGGAUGAAAUUGAAAUGAGGCUGCUGUAGAUAAUAACCAUUCGAUGCAUCCAUUCCAACAGAGGUCAACUAGAAUUAGCAAACUACACAAUGCUUUCAUAAUUGUACUACAAUGUACUUAGACUCAGCUAUACUUGUAAGCAUUCAUCUAUGAAUCAAAGGUCCAUGCAAUGCAUACAUUUGCAUGUAUUGCAACCUUACACUCAUAAACUCUUUAUGUACACGGUUGAAAACACAAGUCUAAAUGCUACAUUU